AUGCAGCAGGAACAUCUUGUGGAGGCAAUCGUCACCAUCGCACAGGUACUUGACUACCGUGCGCUGGAAGAACUGAAAAUCCGUCUUUCUAAAAUGCUGGCGAACGAUUCGUACGCACCGCAUCAAGGAAGAGGUGGCAUGGGUCUUGGUGGCGGGCCGUCGUCAUUUGGGGGGGGACAUCGCGGUGCUCAUAAUAAUCUUCACCAGCAACGCUAUCAACAACACCACCAGCAGCAUCGCGGUGGCAAUAGGGGAUACUCCGGUGGCUUUCAGCAUGACCGCCGCCACUUCGACGACUAUAGAGAUGGCCCCGGGUACAGUGGGAAUGGCGAUGGCGUGCCUCACCUUCAGCACUAUCAUCGCGGCGGGGGCAGUGGCGGUGGGAGAAGCCGCGGCGGUGGUGGCUCGGAUGUUCCACAGCCCACGUCACACCGCAGCAACGAAAACCACCAAGAAAAGCGCAGGUGGACGCAGAAUGCGAAGGACACAGCGGGGGCCACCACAGAUGGCGAGAGGGAGCAGCAGCGCAAGCCGGGGAAUGGCCGCCGCGGUCGGCGCCGCCCAAAUCAGAGCAUCAACGAAAAGGAAUAG